UGGUUCGCGUGCCGUCGUGAGAUCACAGAAAAGUUCCCGUGCACGCGUCGCUUCUCGAGGAAACAUCACCCUUCUGAUUUGUUUUUUCUCCCCGCCAAUCACUGUUUUUCUCUCCUCCUCGGUUUUCCUUCGUCUCUUUCUUUCUUUUUCUUUCAAUUUUUUGCUUUUCGUCUCAUCGGUCUCAGGAAAAUAUGUACGUGCACGUACGAUGCACGUACUAGGAAGGAAAAUGCUUUAGAGAAAGGGAGUGCUACGAGCCCUCGAUGUUUCUAUUUGCACGAUCAAUCUACAAUUGCCACAAGGAUGCCUAACGAAAACGUGCCGGUGUGCGCCUGUGGCCUGGUCGUGCCGAAGACUCAAAGCAACUCGCUCGUUCUGUUCGAACGUCCCGCGCGAAAGCUGACCAUUCUGCUGCCCAAGUCGAAAGACAAGAACAAAUCGGAGGGCAAGAACUCACGGAAGCAGCAGCACGACAACGGUCGGGGACCGAAGAAUCGAACGUCGAGCGAGACCGGAAGCAGCAGCGCGGUAACGGAACGCGCCAGAUCCACGAUGAAGAGCAAACACGAGCAGAAGCACAAUCGUUCGCGACGAGCUCAAAGCGCCGAUCGAGCUGAGUCGCAUUACACUUAUAUCGAUUCGGGUUCGAGUAUCCUCGGUGGUGAUGCUCGAGAGGACACCGUGCCCGAAGUGUUGUACGCAACCAUACCGGACACGCCGAAUACAAGUAAUAUUACAGAAACUGGGACCAGCCGGUCGAACACCCAGAGCAGAUCGCAACCGCUUCCUCCUCUACCGUCUAUGACGUCGCCGCCGCCUACGUACGACGUAGCGAUUGCAAAAACGUGGCAGAACGGUCUGCCGCCGACGUACGAGGAGUAUCUCUGUCACAAGUACGCGAUGAUGACGCGCUCGCACACUCCGCCGCCACCGUGGUCCGAGUCGAUAACGACGACGGGAACGACGACAACGACGGCGAUGUCGUCGUCAAAUCCGACCCUGAGCGUUCAGGCGCGCCGCGACCUCCUGGCCAGUCCGGCGCUACGCGAAUACCUGGCGCACCAUUUGGCGCAUCAGAGCGAUCGCGGCGCGCAUUAUCAGCAACAUCAGCAUCAACAGCAGCAGCGACAGCAAUCCAGAGAUGUCGCAACCUACUCCUCGAACCUGAGGGAGCAGCAGCAGGUCAGGACGCAGCAGCGCGCACGAGCGAUGCCUCCCAGGUGA